CUUCCGGGGAACAGACAUCUGCUUUACGCGUUCCGGCUAGGACCGUAAAAACUGAGGCUAUUCCGACCGUCCGAGUCCCGCAUCUGGGUGUUAGGCAGCCGCGGGUUAGGGGAAGUGUCCUGGGCUCACCGUUGCCUGGGCGGUCCUUUUGUUUCCUCCAAGAGAGGCAGAGUGCUGCCAUGACGGCCCCUGCGCAGCCCAAGAAAAUCGUGGCCCCUACGGUGUCCCAGAUCAACGCCGAGUUCGUGACCCAGUUAGCAUGUAAAUACUGGGCUCCUCACAUCAAGAAAAAAUCACCUUUUGACAUAAAGGUCAUUGAAGAUAUAUAUGAGAAAGAGAUUGUUAAAUCAAGGUUUGCCAUCAGAAAGAUAAUGCUUCUGGAAUUUAGCCAGUAUCUUGAAAAUUACCUCUGGAUGAAUUAUUCUCCAGAAAUGUCCAGCAAGGCCUUCUUGAUGUCAGUCUGCUGUAUGGUGAAUGAAAAGUUCAGAGAAAAUGUCCCUGCAUGGGAGACUUUUAAGAAGAAGCCAGACCACUUCCCAUUCUUUUUUAAGUGCAUCUUGAAAGCAGCAUUAGCUGAAACUGAUGGUGAAUUUUCACUCCAUGAACAGACAGUCUUACUGCUUCUUCUUGAUCAUUGCUUCAAUAGUUUGGAAGUAGACUUGAUCCGGAGUCAAGUACAGCAGCUUAUCUCUCUCCCAAUGUGGAUGGGCUUACAACCUGCACGAUUGGAAUUAGAAUUAAAAAAGACACCCAAGCUAAGAAAAUUCUGGAACUUGAUUAAAAAGAAUGAUGAAAAGAUGGAUCCAAAAGCAAGAGAACAGGCCUAUCGAGAAAGAAGAUUUCUUUCACAGCUCAUCCAGAAGUUUAUUUCUGUGCUGAAAUCAGUACCACUUUCUGAACCUGUCACUAUGGACAAAGUUCAUUACUGUGAAAGAUUCAUUGAACUCAUGAUUGAUUUAGAGGCCCUUCUUCCAACAAGGCGCUGGUUCAAUACCAUCCUGGAUGAUUCCCACCUUUUGGUUCACUGUUACCUUUCCAGUCUUGUUCGUAGGGAAGAGGAUGGCCAUCUUUUUUCCCAGCUUUUGGACAUGCUUAAGUUCUACACAGGUUUUGAAAUUAAUGACCAGACUGGAAAUGCUCUGACAGAGAAUGAGAUGACCACAAUUCACUAUGAUAGAAUUACUUCUCUACAGAGAGCUGCUUUUGCACAUUUCCCUGAACUCUAUGAUUUUGCCUUGUCAAAUGUGGCAGAAGUAGAUACUCGGGAAUCCUUGGUCAAGUUUUUUGGACCUCUUAGUUCAAACACGCUCCACCAGGUGGCCUCAUACCUCUGCUUGUUGCCAACCCUGCCCAAAAAUGAAGACACAACUUUUGAUAAAGAAUUUCUUUUAGAAUUGCUGGUAUCUCGUCAUGAACGGCGAAUUUCUCAGAUUCAGCAGCUGAACCAGAUGCCUUUAUAUCCAACUGAGAAAAUUAUAUGGGAUGAAAAUAUUGUCCCUACUGAGUACUAUUCUGGAGAAGGUUGUCUUGCUCUUCCCAAGUUGAAUUUGCAGUUUUUGACUCUCCACGACUACCUCCUACGGAACUUUAAUCUCUUCCGCUUAGAAUCAACUUACGAAAUUAGGCAAGACAUUGAAGAUAGUGUCAGCAGAAUGAAGCCAUGGCUAUCUGAGUAUGGCGGUGUGGUGUUCGGUGGUUGGGCACGAAUGGCUCAGCCCAUUGUGGCUUUUACUGUAGUUGAGGUUGCUAAACCCAACAUAGGUGAAAACUGGCCGACCCGAGUUCGUGCAGAUGUUACCAUCAAUUUGAAUGUCAGAGAUCACAUCAAAGAUGAAUGGGAAGGUCUUCGUAAGCAUGAUGUGUGCUUUUUAAUUACCGUGCGUCCCACAAAACCUUAUGGCACUAAGUUUGACCGGAGACGACCUUUUAUUGAGCAAGUUGGCCUGGUUUAUGUCAGAGGCUGUGAAAUCCAAGGCAUGCUGGAUGAUAAAGGGCGUGUCAUUGAAGAUGGACCUGAACCUAGACCCAAUCUUAGAGGAGAGUCAAGGACAUUUAGAGUGUUUUUGGAUCCAAACCAGUAUCAGCAAGAUAUGACCAAUACUAUACAAAAUGGAGCAGAAGAUGUGUAUGAAACUUUCAAUAUAAUAAUGAGGAGAAAACCAAAGGAAAAUAACUUUAAGGCUGUGCUGGAGACUAUUCGGAACCUGAUGAAUACAGAUUGUGUGGUACCUGACUGGCUGCAUGACAUCAUUUUAGGUUAUGGGGAUCCGAGCAGUGCACAUUAUUCAAAAAUGCCCAAUCAGAUUGCCACACUUGAUUUUAAUGAUACGUUUCUCUCCAUUGAGCAUUUAAAAGCCAGCUUUCCUGGUCAUGAUGUUAAAGUAACUGUGGAUGACUCAGCUCUACAGAUACCCCCUUUCAGGAUAACCUUCCCAGUAAGAAGUGGGAAAGGGAAGAAAAGGAAAGAUGCAGAUGGGGAAGACGAAGACAUUGAAGAGGCAAAAACAUUAAUUGUUGAACCUCAUGUUAUUCCUAAUAGAGGUCCUUAUCCUUACAACCAACCCAAACGUAAUACAAUUCAGUUCACUCAUACCCAGAUAGAGGCCAUUCGUGCUGGAAUGCAGCCUGGGCUGACCAUGGUUGUGGGCCCACCUGGUACAGGAAAAACUGAUGUGGCAGUCCAAAUCAUAUCCAAUAUUUACCAUAAUUUCCCAGAGCAGAGGACUUUAAUUGUUACUCAUUCCAAUCAGGCCCUGAACCAGUUGUUUGAGAAAAUCAUGGCUUUAGAUAUUGAUGAACGCCACCUACUGCGACUUGGUCAUGGAGAAGAAGAGCUGGAGACAGAGAAAGAUUUCAGCAGGUAUGGAAGAGUUAAUUACGUCCUGGCUCGAAGAAUAGAACUUUUAGAAGAAGUCAAACGAUUGCAAAAGAGUCUGGGGGUUCCAGGAGAUGCAUCAUAUACUUGUGAAACUGCUGGAUAUUUCUUCUUAUAUCAGGUGAUGUCUCGUUGGGAAGAGUAUAUUAGCAAAGUGAAAAAUAAAGGGACGGCAUUGCCAGAUGUUGCAGAAAUCACCACUUUCUUCCCUUUUCAUGAAUACUUUGCAAAUGCCCCUCAACCCAUUUUUAAAGGCAGAUCUUACGAAGAAGACAUGGAAAUUGCUGAAGGAUGUUUUAGGCAUAUUAAGAAAAUCUUUACUCAGCUUGAGGAAUUCAGAGCCUCUGAACUGCUUCGAAGUGGUCUGGACAGAUCUAAAUACCUUUUGGUGAAAGAAGCCAAAAUCAUUGCUAUGACCUGUACUCAUGCUGCCUUAAAACGACAUGACUUGGUCAAGUUAGGUUUCAAGUAUGACAACAUUUUAAUGGAAGAAGCUGCUCAGAUUCUAGAGAUAGAAACUUUUAUACCUCUUCUUUUACAGAAUCCUCAGGAUGGUUUUAGCCGACUGAAACGAUGGAUUAUGAUUGGUGAUCAUCACCAGUUACCUCCAGUCAUUAAGAAUAUGGCCUUUCAGAAGUAUUCAAACAUGGAACAGUCUCUCUUUACUCGCUUUGUUCGUGUUGGAGUUCCUACUGUGGACCUCGAUGCCCAAGGGAGAGCCAGAGCAAGCUUGUGCAACCUCUACAAUUGGCGAUACAAGAAUCUGGGAAACUUACCACAUGUGCAGCUCUUGCCAGAAUUUAGUACAGCAAAUGCUGGGUUGCUGUAUGAUUUCCAGCUCAUUAAUGUUGAAGAUUUUCAGGGAGUAGGAGAGUCUGAACCCAACCCUUACUUUUAUCAGAAUCUUGGAGAGGCAGAAUAUGUAGUAGCCCUUUUUAUGUACAUGUGUCUACUUGGCUACCCUGCCGACAAGAUCAGUAUUCUAACGACAUAUAAUGGGCAAAAACAUCUCAUCCGUGACAUAAUCAAUAGGCGUUGUGGGAGCAAUCCGUUGAUUGGAAGACCAAAUAAGGUGACUACUGUUGACAGAUUUCAAGGUCAACAGAAUGAUUAUAUUCUUCUUUCUCUAGUACGAACCAGGGCGGUGGGGCAUUUGAGGGAUGUCCGUCGCUUAGUAGUGGCCAUGUCUAGAGCCAGACUUGGACUUUAUAUCUUUGCGAGAGUAUCCCUCUUCCAAAACUGUUUUGAAUUAACUCCAGCUUUCAGCCAGCUCACGGCCCGCCCACUUCAUUUGCAUAUAAUUCCAACGGAACCUUUUCCAACCACUAGAAAGAAUGGAGAGAGACCAUCUCAUGAAGUACAGAUAAUAAAAAAUAUGCCCCAGAUGGCAAACUUUGUAUACAACAUGUAUAUGCAUUUGAUACAGACUACACAUCAUUAUCAUCAGACUUUAUUACAACUACCACCUGCUAUGAUAGAAGAAGGUGAGGAAGUUCAAAAUCAGGAAACAGAAUUGGAAACAGAAGAAGCCACACCCGUUCAGGCUAAUAUCCUACCCAGUUCAGCAGAUGCCAGCUCCAGUCAAGAAACCUCAACCUCUCAAACAGAGACCUCCUCAAAUCUAACCAAGACCAUUCCAGGUCUAGCUGAGGCCACUCCCAGUUCCAAUCCAGAAGCCAGCCUUGCUCCAGCAGAGACCACUGCUACUGUGGCAGAAUCUGUAACUGUACCAGCAGAAGCUAACGCCCCUCAAGAUACCAUGCCUACCCCAGCAGAGACUGAGUAGCAAACUGCAGCCCUUCUUCAGGAGGACAUUUCAGCCAUAGAAGUCUAAGUAAAGUUACUUUUUGAAUUUUACAUUUGCUUCUGCCGUUUUCAUGGCACUAAUUAAAAUGUUUGGUCCUUAUUUUUGUUAACUGAUUUCAAUGUUUGUGAUAUGUUAAAGAAAAUUGCUUAUUUGUUUUCAGACUUCACGCACACAAACUUCAGUUUCAUUAGUUCAUUCAGAAGGGCCACCCUUGAUAUUUUGAUCAUUACCCGAAUGUAUGUUGUAAUCAUUCCUGCAUUAAAAAUAUUUUCUGCAGAAUACAGAAGACGUUCUUUACAUUUUCAGGGAACUUCUCUAAGUAAAAAGAAUACACUGGAAUUAACCAUAAAAGCUUUCAAACAAGGGUCCAAAUUGGGGAAGAAAUUGUUUCUUCUGUCAUGGUAUCACUUACUGAAGUCCUGUUUCCUUUUUUCUCACUUUUCCUAGCUAUCUUCCUUGAUACAAGCAAUCAGCAGCCAUAGGAUAUAGAUUUUUUCAGUCUAACAAAGAGCUUACAUGCAUUUCCUUCCCCCAAAUCUCAGAAUGGUUCCUGAGAUUGCCUUUAUUAGAAUCACCUAAGGUGUCUGUUUAAAUUGCAAAUUCUUGGGACCCACCCAAGACCUAAUGAAUCAGAAUCUCAGGGUUAGAGCCCAAGAGUUUGCAUUUUUCUUAAGAGCUCCACAUCGCUAAUGUUUGGGUUGCUGGCAGAGUGACAUCGGACGAAGUUGGUGAGGCUGAGCCAGGAUUGGUCAUUCAGCUAAAAAGGACAAAUCUGGCAAAUUAUUCUGUUCAAAAAGCAGGAUUCAGAGUCCAGGCAGUAGAGUCAGUGAACUUCUGUGUACAGAGUGGAAUUUUCUCAAUCCAGAGGUUCUGAGUUUUCUGCUCUGUUUAAUUCUCUUAGAAGAUAACUAACCACAAGGAGACCUUCAAGUAAAUGUGCUCCAGAUUUGUGGAGGGCAAUAGUGACUAAUGGUUCUUGACAAGGUGUGUGGGGAGGGUGAAAUUGCCCACUAGUUUUCUCUUCCAUUUUGAUCAUCUGCUAGCAUGACUUGGGGGAGCAUUACUGUCAAAGUAUCCCCUCUAGAGCAUUUGCCUAUAGGGUUGACCAUAUCCAAAGAACCCGUGAAGAAAUAAAUGCAUAUGAACCACACACUGCCAUUGAAAUACUUCUGAUACUGACAUUUGCAAGAAAUUAAUUCAUAAGGAAAUUAAACUCAGAAAGUCAGGUCAAUGAGAUUUUUGAGUAGAUAGUGUUUGCUCAACUCUGCCAGAUUUUGGUGGAUAUCUUACAGUGUAUGUUACUGCAUCAGAAUAGUUGUGUAACCUUUGGGUGAGGAUGGGGAAAAUGAAAGUGAUGGUAUGAUGGGAGUGAAAUGCCAAGGAAGCUUCUAGGAAACCUGGGUCUCCUGGGAUAGAGCUAUUUGUUAUUAGAGUAAGGAUCAAGCCAGAUAGUCUGUUACAUAAUUUCUCUGAUUAAAGAAUUUGUGAGCAUCUCUAUGAGGAAUAGCACUCAGAAUUAUUUUCAUUUGUGAAUAGGUAUUAGGCUGAGCAAGAAGGAAAGAAGCUUUACUGUAUUAUUGUCUUCCUGGAAAAGAUUAAUUUUUCUCUGUACCCUUUAGGGGAUAUGAAUACCUGCAACCAAAAUAAGCAAACUGGAAUGCUGCUUUAUAAUUAUAUAAACCAUUUUUCUAUAGAUCAAUUAUUUGUAUACAUCAACUAUACAGCACUGUGUCUAGCUGGGUGAUCUCUUUCUUUAUGCUGCUUCUUUGUUACACUGCAAAGGAGAUUUAACUGGAAAAUGGAUAAGUCCAUUGCUUUGCCAAAUGAAUUUAAAAGGAGUUGAGGAGUAGUGGGAUUUGAAUUGUUUUAAGUUGUUUAUUCACUGUGAAAAGGCCACUGAGUUGCAAUUCACUACAGAGUCAUGAAAUUUUUAAAGGAACCUAAGCCAUCUAUCUUAUUUUGAAUACAAGCAUACCUUGGAGAUAUUGCAGGUUUGGUUCCAGACCACCCCAAUAAAGCGAAUAGCACAAUAAAGCAAGUCUCACAAUG